ACAGACACGUGAUUGAAAUGUCUCGGGAUUAAUUUGACCAAACCCUUCCUCAGAGAUCGCUUUGGGCUUUCCCUUUGUAUAUAAAUACGAGGGGAGAAGAAGGGGAGCAACUUAUAUUCGUGUGUUCACAAGUGAAAAAAUCUAAACUCUGCCCCCUAUUUUUUUCUGUGGUGAACUCAUUCUUCCAUUCCUUCUCCUUCAAUCUCAGAAAAUGAGUGGUACCAAAAAUGAUGAUGAAGCUCAGGAUGCUCAAUCACAGCGACCUGCUCCCCGUCUCAAUGAGAGGAUCCUCUCUUCUCUGUCUAGAAGAUCGGUUGCUGCACAUCCUUGGCAUGAUCUUGAGAUUGGGCCCGAAGCACCCCUUAUAGUCAACUGUGUUGUUGAGAUAACAAAAGGCAGUAAGGUUAAAUAUGAACUUGACAAGAAGACGGGACUGAUUAAGGUUGAUCGGGUCUUGUAUUCAUCCGUGGUCUAUCCCCAUAACUAUGGUUUCAUCCCUCGCACCCUAUGUGAAGAUAAUGACCCAUUGGAUGUCUUAGUCCUCAUGCAGGAACCGGUUCUUCCUGGUUGUUUUCUCAGAGCGAGGGCCAUUGGACUUAUGCCAAUGAUUGAUCAGGGAGAGAAAGAUGAUAAGAUCAUUGCAGUAUGCGCUGAUGAUCCAGAGUAUAGGCAUUACACUGACAUCAAACAACUCUCUCCUCAUCGCCUUGCUGAGAUCCGACGCUUUUUUGAAGACUAUAAGAAGAAUGAAAACAAGGAGGUUGCAGUUAACGAUUUCCUACCUUCCGAUACAGCCCUUAAUGCUAUCCAGUACUCAAUGGACCUCUAUGCUGAAUACAUUAUGCAUACCCUGAGGAGAUAGAUUGAAAGAGGCAUUUCUUCGAUCUCUUAAUAAGUUGUAUCUAACAGCUGUCGAAUGGGAAGUUGAAGGAUCUUCACCCCAGUAGCAAAUUCAAUAACUAUCAAGCCACGGUUCUUUGGUUGAACAAGUUUGUAACCAGAAACUGAAGAGGGAUUUUGUUUUUCUUUAAUAUAUCCAUGAUUAUGUUUCAUGCUAUUUUUGUGAUUGGAUUGAAAUAUGUUUUCUCAUAAUCGAACUAGAAUUUU